AUGCCAAAUAUAUUUGAAGAAAUCAAGAAAUUCGCUCCUGAAGCUGUUUUGAAUGAAGAAAGAGAAGAUACAGUCAUGGUGCCUGUUACUAGCGAUAUUUCGGAUUUAUUAACUUAUUUGGAUGAUAAUGAAGAGAAAUUGGGUAUUGAAAGAUAUACUUUUACUGUGGAACAAUUAGAAGAUACAUUAUUAAGAAUUAUUGAAACAAAUUAA